AUGGAUCUCCACGAACCUAAUGAGCUGCGGUUGGAAGCUUAUGACAAUUCGAGGAUCUACAAAGAAAGAACCAAAGCCUUUCAUGACAAGAAGAUCAGGCACAAGGAUUUGAAAGCUGGAGACAAAGCCCUUUUGUUCAACUCAAAGCUUCGGCUUUUCCCUGGGAAGCUAAAGUCAAGAUGGUCAGGACCAUUCAAAAUUAAAGAAGUUCUGCCCUAUGGGGCGGUAACCUUGCUCGGGAAGGAUAGGACUGAGUUUACUGUGAAUGGGCAGAGGGUGAAGAGAUACAUGGAAAAUGAGAGCACAAAGGUGGGGUCAUCUCUGCAUCUCAUCGAUCCUGCGCUAGCCUGA